CCCUUUUCCCUCCUACUCGUCUCCCUUCCCUUGGGUCCCGAUGGCGGCCGGUGACACGGGAAGGGCCCAGCAGCAGAUUGAUGAAAUUGAAGCCCUUUCAUCCAUCUAUGGUGAAGAUUGGUGUGUUGUUGAUGAAGAUGAAAAAAUCUACUGCAUUAAGAUUAGUGAUUGUCUGGAUCAACCAAAAUGGACCCUCUGUUUGCAGGUGAUUUUGCCACCAGGAUAUCCGACUGAAGAGCCACCCAUUUAUCAACUCAAUGCCCCUUGGCUUCGAGGGCAAGAUUAUACGGAACUAGCAAAUAGCUUGGAAGAAAUAUAUCUACAGAACCUUGGUGAAAGUAUACUGUAUUUAUGGGUGGAGAAGAUACGAGAAGUUCUGAUAGAAAAGGCACAAUCUUCAGAGCCAGAACCAGAUAUUAAGAAAACCAGUGAAGAAGUUGAUGAAGAUGAUGGAGAAGAUUUUCUCCUAGACUAUGAGCCCAUUCAGGAAGAUCCAAUUAAAAUGUUAAAUUACAUGACAUCUGAAAGUCAGGAAGAUGAAGAACUGCCACCCAUACAUCACGGAAACCCAAUCACAGAUCGAAGGAGUACUUUCCAGGCACAUCUGGCUCCAGUGGUGACAACCAGACAAGUAAAAAGAGUUCUUGAAAAAUUAUAUGAGAACAAGAAGAUUGCAAGUGCUACUCACAACAUAUAUGCAUACCGAAUAUACUGUGAAGAUAAGCAGACUUUCUUACAGGAUUGUGAAGAUGAUGGAGAGACAGCAGCAGGUGGACGUCUUCUUCAUCUCAUGCAGAUUUUGAAUGUCCACAACGUGUUAGUUGUGGUAUCCCGCUGGUAUGGAGGUAUUCUCUUAGGACCAGAUCGUUUCAAACAUAUAAACAAUUGUGCAAGAAACGUACUUGUGGAAUAUGACUAUGUGCCUUCAGUGGAAGAAUCAUCUAGACAAGCAGGAAAGAGCAAAAAGAUAAGGAAGGACAACAAGAAGAGAACAGAACACUAAUUUAUUUUUUAAAAACUUUAAAAUAUUACUUUGCACAUAUUUCUACAAAGAAAACCUGGACCUUAAUGCCUUAUCUGGUACAACAGAUAUGUUGUAUUCAGAAGAGAAUUCAGUAAAGAUAUAGAUAUAUUUUCAUCUUGUUUUGUGAUUUUUUUUUCUGCUGUUCUGAAUUAGAGCUUAGACACAACUGCUCUGUUUCUUAUACAUUUCAGCUCCUUUUUAUGAGGACAUUACAGCAUCUGGGACCAUUACCCCAUCCCACCCCCUCCCAACAAACAACAGCAGACUAAUUACUAAUGUGGAUUUCUCAUCUUCUUCAUUCCUGGAUUCAAAUUCAAAUAUCUUGUCUUGUAUUAGUAAUUGAAUUCUCUAGUUUUUUGUAUUAAGGCUGAGACUAGAGUCGUUUGUACACCAGGUUACUUUCUAAGUUUCAGAUUUUCUUCUGUGAAAGGAAUGCAUGUGGCCGAGUGCUGCAUGGCCUUGGAGAGCCUGGCCCUGCCUGUGCAGUUCUCAGUCAGAUGCUAGAUAGGGCCUGCUUGGUGACAUAAGAAAGGCUAAACAUGGGCAAUAAACUAAGAAAUGUGAUGAAAUUACUAAAAAUUUCUUUGAGGAUUGUUCUGAGACAAUCGGGACUCUGGGAGCCUGUUGAAAAGCUGAGAAUUAAGUGUUGCAUAAUUAAAGGAACCAGUGGUUUUGACAAAGUAAAUGGGGAUUUUGAAAUAGGACUGUUACAUCUAGUAAUGAAGAUAUAAACAUUUUGAGCACUUGUGUUGGUGUAGAGUGGGGAAAAAAAGCAAGUGUUAUUGAUAUGAUCACAAAGACUUGAAUUUUCUAGUCUUUUAUUAAUGGCUUUCAGGCUUUAAUGCAUUUUAAAAAAAACAAAACAAACCCACCAGGAUGUUUUGUCAGUUAAUUGUCAUAUUUCUAUUUAGAUGAGAUGAAAUUUUUUUUUAAUGUACCCGUGAUAUCUUCCACUUGGAGAGGGUAGAUUUUAAUGUUCUGUUGGGUUUUUUGUUUUUGUUUUCUCAAGUUAUUUCCUAAACUUUCUGACCUCUUAGUCAGAGGUACUUCCUUAGGUUAGGUGCACCUUAUGUAUUUUGCUCAUAUGUCAGGUCCGUGACUAUUUUUAAUGACUUUUCUCCAGUGGCACUUACAUAGUUUAAAGGUGUAAUUGUAAGACUGUCUUACUCGACCACCAGUUUGGUAUAUAACUUUUUGCUGAUAGCUUCUUACACUGGAUUGUUCAUUAUAAUUCUCCAGCACAGGUACCCCAGAAAACCUUUCUCUCAAAGCAGACUUCAUCUAAUCAAAGUAUCUCUUUCAGAGUUUGAUAGAGCAACUGAGAUUAGCAAUUCCAGUAACUUAAAAAAUGCCACCAAAAUACAUGAUUAAAAAACAAAACAAACAUGCUGAUUCCUGCAUUGAUUUAUUAAAACAGUUUUGCGAAGUUACACUGACUUGUUUGCAUAGCAAAGGUCUUUUGAGUUCAACCUUAGCAUUUGUACUUGUGAUACUAAAAAUGUCUUUCUUCUCAGGAAAGGAGAUUCACACUGUGUGCGUGUUUUACUUUUUUGGUCAUACAAGUAUUUCUUGUUCAUAGUUUGUCUUAUAGAUUGACUCUUUUAAAGUAAAAAUUUUGACAUUCACUUCAAGUACUUUAUUGACUUAUGUAUUGCAGAGUUUCUAUUGCUUUUCUGAGAGUUUUGAGAUUGUAGUAAUUGUAUUUCUGUUUGCAAGCAUUUCAUAAGUUUAAACUUCUUUAUUCUAAGAGGAAGAUCCAACAAGGGAAGGAGGUUACAAAAAUGGCUGGCAGCAACUCUUAACUUUAUAAAUUCUGUUUGAAAAUUAAAAAUAAUGUUAAACCAAA